AUGGGCGUGCUCAGGGCCGGGCUGUGCCCAGGCCUCACCCAGGACAUGGUCCAGCUGCUGAGGAGCCACGGGAUCAGGACAGUGGCGGACCUGGUCUCCGCGGACCUGGAGGAGGUGGCCCGGACGUGUGGUUUGUCUUACAAGGCCUUGGUUGCCCUGCGGCGGGUGCUGCUGGCCCAGUUCUCAGCCUUCCCCUGCAACGGCGCCGACCUCUACGAGGAACUGAAGACCUCCACCGCCAUCCUGUCCACGGGCAUUGCAAGCCUAGACAAACUGCUCGACGCAGGUCUCUACACUGGAGAAGUGACUGAAAUCUCCGGCGGCCCAGGCAGCGGCAAAACCCAGGUGUGUCUUUGUGUGGCUGCCAAUGUGGCCCAUGGCCUGCAGCAGAACGUCCUGUACGUGGAUUCCAAUGGAGGGCUGACAGCCUCCCGCAUCCUCCAGCUACUGCAGGCCAGAACCCCGGAUGAGGAGGAGCAGGCAGGAGCUCUCCAGAGGAUCCAGGUGGUGCGUGCCUUUGACAUCUUCCAGAUGCUGGAUGUGCUGCAGGACCUCCGAGGUGCCGUGGCCCAGCAGGUGAGCGAUUCUUCAGGAACUGUGAAGGUGGUCAUUGUGGACUCUGUCACCGCCGUCGUCUCCCCACUUCUGGGAGGUCAGCAGAGGGAAGGCUUGGCCUUGAUGAUGCAGCUGGCCUUGGAGCUGAAGACCCUGGCCCGGGACCUUGGUGUGGCGGUGGUGGUGACCAACCACAUGACCCGAGACCGGGACAGCGGGAAGCUUAAGCCUGCCUUGGGCCGCUCCUGGAGCUUUGUGCCCAGCACCCGGAUUGUGCUGGCCGUCGGCGAAGGAGCAGGAGCACCAGGCAGUGAGCGCACAGCGUGUCUGACUAAAUCUCCCCGUCUGCCAACAGGUUCCCAGGAGCCGGUAGACAUUGGGACCUGGGGGGCUCUGGAGCAGAGCCCAUUGUCACAGGGAGAGCAGGCAUGA